AUGAAUGUGUGUGUGUGUGUGUGUGUGUGUGUGUGUGUGUGUGUGUGUGUGUGUGUGUGGGCGAUCGAUGGGCACUGGGGGCGAUCGAGGCGGCUUGAAACCGAUUGCACCGCCAGGAUGAGUGCUUUGGUGGCAAACCAGACGUUGCUAGACAGUGCUCUGUCAACGGGCGAGCCGAAACGAGCGCGCGCGGCCACGCAGCGCCAACGGGCCGGCACGAUGAAUGACGACGCGGUUCAGCUGCAAUCAGACCUCGCCAACCCCAUCUGUCCCAUGGGCAUGCGCAUGGAAGACGUGGGCGAUCAGCUGGUGGCCGAGGGAUACCUGCGCAAAAUUCGUGGCUUUGCCCGCAAUCGCACGCGCUGGUUUCGCUUGACGAAAAACUACCUGGCCUUUUACACCGAGGACGCUGGACAACUGAUCGCGUACAUUGAGCGCAACGCCAUUGCGGACAUCCUCUCCACCGAUGGUCCCCGCUUCACCAUCAAGACCACUCGCCCCUUUGGCGCGAGCAAGCAGCUUGAAAUGGUCCUCGAAGCCCGCACCCCGCAGUUGAAGUAUGACAAGUGGCUGACUGCGCUGGGCGUCGUUCAUCAAGGAGACAACGAAGCCGAAGCCAGCAAAACUGGUGAACACUUGUACAUUGAGGGGGCACUCGUAAAGCUUCAGAAUUUUGGCUCCCUCUCGCGAACCCGCUGGUUUCGGAUGACCGAUGCAGGCCUGUCAUAUUACACAGUUGAAGGAGGCGAGCUGCUGGGUACCUGUGAGAUGGAUAACAUCAAAAACAUCUCUGCCCGCGGUGAUCAGAGUUUUAUUUUUGAAGCCAAAACCCCCUUCUCGCGCACCGGCGCGCGCACAAUCCACUGCCAGUGUACGAACAUGGACGUGCGUGACAAAUGGAUCUCGGUACUGCAGCAGGCCAUGGGAAGCGCCCGCGUUCGCAACAGCGAAUAUUCCCCCCUCGAGGGCGAUGCCCGGGCCGCCGACGAUGCUUUUGCCGUCAUCCACAAGCAAACCUACGAGUACCUCGGCAAGGAUUCGCAAGGCAACCGCUUCAUCGGUGAUGAAAUCUUGUAG